UGUUGUGUUAAUAGAGAGAGAGUGAGAGAGACUACACAUUACAGUAUACUCUCAGUGUAUAUACACAGACAUACAGACAGACAGUGAGAUCAUACCUAAUAUACACCACAACAUAACACAACAACACAUCCCCGAUAUCGAUGACUACUAUAAUUAACGGCCAAUUGUUUUUAGUGUUGUGUCCAUCACUACUACUACUACUACUAUAGUAAUGUCGAUCCCGGCGCUGACCAUCGAUAACUUGGACUCAAUACAUAAGUGCGAGUGUUUCCCGCAUCAGAGGCAUCGGUGGUCAACCAACGAGGAGAUCGCAGCCAUACUCAUCGCUGUCGACAAACACGAACAAUGGCUGUCCAAAGAGGUUCAGAUCAGACCAAAGAGCGGUUCAAUGAUGUUAUACUCGCGAAAGCGGGUCCGGUAUCGUCGGGACGGCUACUGUUGGAAGAAACGUAAGGACGGAAAGACUACUCGCGAGGAUCACAUGAAACUGAAAGUUCAGGGAACGGAAUGCAUAUACGGCUGUUAUGUUCAUUCAGCUGUUUUACCAACAUUUCACCGACGAUGCUAUUGGCUUCUACAGAAUCCGGAUAUAGUUUUGGUUCACUAUCUGAACGUUCCCUACAAUGACGACAAUAAGACCAUAAGUCCUGCACUCAACUACUUUACCGACAACAAGAAAGAGUGGACUAAAGACGAGCUCAUCUGUGAGCUGAAACCUAUGUUCUUCAGUGAGAAUGAACCGGAUCUUAACAACGAGCUCGAGAAGAGCACAAUCGAGACGAUUGAGGCCAUCGUUGGUCAACUGAUGAUCAAACAGAGGGCUAAAGUGAAGGCUCUGGAGGACGCCAGCGAUGGCGGAAUCAAUGCCAAAGCGUUGACUGUAGUAAAUGCUAUCAACAGCAGUACCCGUGAGGUGAUGGCCAGUAAGCAGACCGGUGUCAAAGCAACUGUCGGCGGCGCACACAAUAAGUGCAGACAACCGGCGACUGUUGGCAAUAAAAGAGACGUAUCCUUACAGCAGAAUAUUAAUACUGUCGACAAUAACUCAUCGAAACAGUUGACAACUCAGGGUACCGUACAGUUGGUUCAGUUGGCCAACUCUGGUCAUCAUACGUCAGCUAUGAGGACGGCUAACACUGGACUCCCACCGGUUCAUACUAGUCAGUCGGCCGUCGGUACCGGUCCGACACCGUUGAUAUUUUCGUUGUCAAACUUGUCGCAGUUUCAAUCGGGUUCCGGCUUAUUGAUACUCAACUCACCGACGGCGACCACAAUUCAAGGCCACCACCCGAACCAUAGGCCAAACGGCGAUAACAGUCAAUUGGCGUCGACACCGUUGACUGUGGUCUAUGGCCGGCCAAACGGUACGGCCAACGGUGUGAUAGACACCACUUCCAUUUCCAAUGUGAUCUGCUCUACAAAUAAUUGUCUCAAUAAUAAUAAUCAUAUUAUUACUAGUAAUAAUAAUAAUAAUACCAAUAAUAAUAUGUCUUCAAGAAAAUUGAACGGUUUAGACGACAGUUUAACCUCAACGAUGACCACUGCGCUGGAGAAUCGUCUAAACUAUUUAAAUCACUUGAAUACACAUAAUAUACUUAAUAGUAAUAGUAAUAAUAAUAAUCACAACUUGAAUAGUAUGCACAUCAAGAAAGAGUUUGAAAUUAAUGGUAAUAUAAUCAGCGCUUCCAUUGAUGUCAGUGACAGCCAUUCAGAUGAUAUUAUCACCGCAUCCAAUACGUUGAACUAUUUGGACGAUCCGAUGAUUGUUAACAGUAAUCCGUCGACACCGGAGCACAUGAAGUCGUCGGUACAUAUGUUGACCGCCAACGAUCAGACCACAAGCGGUGUGGAUCUCAACUGUAAUCAAUUAAAUCAUUCCCAACCGCAACAACAACAGCACCAACUGUCACUCAAUCAUAAUCAUAACUAUAGCUACAAUCAAUACUUCAAUAGCAUCCACACAAACAAUAAUAAUCAUACAAAUAAUAAUACUAAUAAUGAGCUAAACAACAAUAGGAACCAAAGCCACAAUGGAAACUAUACUCACGGGAACAAUGGUCUCAUGAACUACGGUAUGGACAGUGGCGGCGGCGUUGGCGGUGAAGUGAAUCCUAUGGACUUUAUCGACAACGACUUGCCGACACCCGACGAGACGCUGUUUAAUUUGGACACAUUCGACAUAUUGGGCGACAUUGAUGACCAUUUGGACGAGUUGUCGUCGUCGGCGUCGUCACAUACAUUGCACUACAGAAGCUCGGGUGGUCUGAGUCACGGCAAACACCAUCAGACAGUCAAAUAUGAAUCUUCUUCCGCUAAUAUUAACAAUAAUAAUAGUAAUAAUUCAGCACAAGAUUACCGGGAAAUUACCGCCAAUAUUACUGACUACUCACCCGAAUGGUGUUAUCCGGAAGGUGGUAUCAAAGUGUUAGUGGCCGGACCUUACUUUACAAGCAAUUAUAAAUAUACGAUACUGUUUGACGGCGUAUCGGUGACCACACACUUAGUUCAAAACGGACUGUUACGGUGCUAUAGCCCGGAACACGAGCCCGGAUUUGUUACAUUACAAGUGGCCUGCGAUGGACUCGUCAUAUCUAAUUCAGUUAUUUUUGAGUACAGAGAUCAUCCAACGGUUCCAAUGGAAAAAUCGGAGGACUAUUUCUCAGUUGAUGAAAACAUAUUUAAGUUUUCCCUAUUGGAAAGGUUUGAAUUACUUGAAUCUCGUUUGUCUCAGUGCACUACAAAGCGUGGGAUUACGGGUUUGGAGUCGACCAAACAUUUUACUAAUUUCGAGGACCGGUUGGUCGUAAUGUGUUCAGAAAUGGCCAGUUGUUCGUGGCUUCCAAUCAACGAGUCUAGUUUGACUACUCAAUCGCUACGGGCCGGUCUGUCCAAUCGGGACAUGUCGUUACUGCACCUGACGACAGCGCUUAACUACUAUAAACUGAUGCAAUGUCUACUUAAAUGGCGCAAAGAGAAUGGAUCGCCAAUACUGGAGCUGGAAGUCGAUGCCUUUUCCUGUGAUGAUAACGAGUGCACACCAUUGAUGUGGUCGUGUGCUAAAGGACACUACGAGUCGGCCUUAAUUUUGUACACUUGGAAUCCGGCGGCCAUUGAAUUAUGCAACAAAAUUGGCGAUUCGCCGCUACAGUUGGCCCGUAAGAAAGGUCAUCGGCGAUUGGUCGAUGAGAUAGAAAGGUUGACGGGUCAGCAGCAUUUGACCAGCGGUUUGCGCACAACAACAACAAUAACUCAAUUCAGUGGUACACCUGAUAAUGUGAUGAACAAUAAUACCAACGGCUUUAUCGACAAUGUGUUUCUGAAGCCCCGAAAAGCCAGUCUCGACAUAACGACUGUCACUCAGAGCAAAGCUUUCAACAAAAAUAUCAGUCCGUCGACUGUCAAACGUGGCUCAGCUUGUCUUCAGCACGGAUUCAAUCCGUUUCCCAAACUUGUUAAAUGUUUUUCGGCCGAUUCAUCGCUGACCAACCAAAUGACGGAUCAACUGAACAGUGAUUCAACUUUUCUGUUGUCGUGCGUAUCGGAUAGCGAUGAUGAUCUCGAUAUGUCGACAUCUGGAUCGACUAAUGGCUUGUCUUCAAGUCAUAGAGACUCAAUCGGUUCCUGUGAUAUCAUUAUGGAUUGCAAUAGUUCCGAGUCUUCACGCGUAUUAACACUCGCCGAACACAUUAUUGCUGCGAUGCCCGACAGGAUAAAGGCGGCAUCAGUGGCCUCACUUCCCGAUGAAGAUUUCGAUGACGACUACUACGACGACAAUGAAAAUUCGGUCGAAGACAUCAACGACUUUAUUGAUGGCGACAUCGCCCGUACUAAUCGUAGUCACAGUCAAAUAAGCGACAAUUUUUGCAAUUUUUCAUUUGAAAUCAAUGAUAACUAUACGUACCGCGAGUCGCACACACCGAGCAACUCGUCGCCGGCCAGUUCCUCAUGUCUUCACAGUCCGUCGUCAUUCCAGUUGGACUCACCGUCGCCAACGCCAACAGCCGCAGACUUUUGCGAAUUUUUUCAGGCGUCCGGUAAGAUCACCAAAGAGUUGGGCGAUCUGACGCUUACAGACAGAGAACAACGCGAGCUCUACGAGGCGGCAAAAGUCAUCCAAAAGGCUUACCGAUCCUAUAAAGGUCGAAAACGUCAAGAAGAGCAAAACAAAUGCGGCGGCGAUAAAGACAAGGAAAGAGUGGCCGCUAUUCUCAUACAGAGCUACUAUCGGCGAUACAAACAUUACAUAUACUAUAGGCAAAUGACAAAAGCGGCUCAAGUCAUACAAAAUCAGUACCGAAACUAUUGCGAACACAAACGAUUCAAGAAGUCGAUUCCCGGCCACCAAUUGUCGUACACACAGUCUGCGAUCAGCGGCGGAGACAGUAGUGGACAGUCGGCGUCGGCCACUGUCAGCUCAUACAUCUGUAAUUACAGUGAUUGUGAUCCUGUGAUACCCUGUAAAUCAUCGCGAGAGGGAACGCCUCUAAGUGGUCUUAAGCGUACAUAUUCCCAACGGCGCCGCAAUCAAGCGGCCCGAAAGAUACAGCAAUUUAUGAGGCAAUCAAAGAAUAAAUUACAGAGAGAGCGUGCUUUAGCUGCCGAAGAAGGGAAUGCAACUCAAGAAGCCUUUACCACAAGAGCUCAAACACAACAAUCUACUAAUUGAUUGAUUAUAUGAGUUGGUCUUAAGCAACAACAACAUCAUUAUCAACAACAACAACAACAAAAUCACAGAUAGAGAUCACACACACACACACACACACACAC